UCAAAUUAUUUCAAAAACAUUUUUAAAUUUAAAUUUUCGUUUCCUCUCCUCUUUUUUGUGCAUCCAUUUCCCUUUACCAUAUUUUGUUAAAUUUUUAUUUUGGACUCUUCUGGAUAUUAAAACAAACAUACAGAAUAAAUUCAGGACUUGGUCCCGAACGAAAAUUAUUUACGGAAAAUAUCCUAAAAGCUGCAUAUACAUACGUCAAAAUAGUUUAGCAUGUCACGUUUUUUUACGUUAUGGAAAAGCCCAGAAGAUGGCGUAAGUCGAAAAUCGGAUAAAGUUUCGAAAUUUCUGCUCGACGUCAAUGAAUCUUUUAAAAUAAUUAUUACCGAUUUGUUUAUUGUUCAAAGCUUCCUGAACAGCUGUAGUUGGUUUGUUUAUGCCAUUGCUGCCUUCCUCAUCAGUUGCUGCAUUUAUUAUUACGUGUAUGAUUGCAAGCGGCGCUUAGAGUUACGGCGUAGGCGUCAAGAGGUGCAACGCGCUAAUGAAAGAGUUCCACAGAGAAGGCGACCGGGCGCAAUCUAUAGGGAUCAUGAGAUCUUUCGAAAUGUCAUGCGCACAGUUCGGCAAUAUAUUGGGCACACAGAGGACAAGAAUCAAACCAAGCCUUACGUGCUUCGUCGCACAAGAAGUGGUGCAAUCUAUGGACGAUUUGCCGCUCGGGAAGGUGUGGGCACAUAGACAAUAGCAUUCCUUUUGUGCUGACGAUUUUUAGUGAAGCUAUCCAUAUUUCAAGCAGUCUAAUAAAAACAAAAUGUACAACAA